CAGGCCAGGAUAAUUCAUCAGCCACUCUACUGUUGUGGGUUUGAUCUGGUGAUCAAGGCUUCCAACAUGGCCUCGAGAAAGAACUUGAAGGUGAUGAAGACAGUCUUCUUCUUUUUGGCUGGCUUGGGAAGCGUAGGAAUAUUCAACACACUAUUGGUGACGCUACCUUCCUUCGAGUACUCCUCCAAAACCAGAGUCCUACGUUUUGGUCAAGCAGAUGAUCAAAAUUCCCACUUGGCCAAGCGACAUGGUCGGUCACCUCGUGCUUCAUCUGACAUCGUCGACGUUCCAGGACCUAGCGCAUUGAAUGACCAGAAGAUCGCAGCUGAGCCAUCAUCAAGGUGCAUAAAGAGAGUCCACAUCUUUGGUUCUAUGACACGCAUGGUGUGGAUUCCCGAGUUGAACCAUUUCAGAACGCUACUGGAAACGAGCAACAUGAAUGGAUUUGAGUCAGACGUAAACUGUACCCAGUCGCAUGGGUAUGAAUGCGACAUCAAGCUAACUCUUGGAACAGAACGCGAACAUCUGGCUGGGAAAGACGCAGUGAUCUUUGGCAUGGUCGCGACGACAUGGAUCACUAAAAAUCUACUUCAGAAUGUCUUGAAGCAUAAGCCGGAGCCGGGCCAGACCUGGAUCUUUUACAGUAUUGAAACCCCGUACAGAGUCCUCAAAUGGGCGGGAAGCAAGGACAUAGCUCUUUUCAAAUACCACGUGCUUAUGACGUAUAACAGGGGGUCUGACAUCCACGUUCCUUUCGGUUAUUACCGGCCAUUUUCUGGACUCGGUGACGUUCCAACUGACAUUCGAUUUUUAAGUGACGAAUUCUACGAAAACCGGACGGGUCUCCUGUCCUGGGUUGCCACCAACUGCAACGACGUCUUCUGGCCACGGAUGCCCUUCAUUGAAAAGCUACGCAGUGAAAUCUCUCUCGACGACUAUGGAGCCUGCGGCCACAAGGAAUGCCUUCCGCGGAGAUCGCCUCAAUGCAACGAACUCUUCGCUAGCUACAAAUUCUACCUCUCCAUCCCGAAUGCAGAAUGUAGGGACUACAUCACUGAGAAGUUCUGGAUGAUAUCGCUGAAGUACGGUACCGUUCCUCUGGUCUUAGGGACAGUCAGAGAGGACUAUGAGCAGUUGGCACCCCCAAAUUCCUUCGUCCACUUCACCGACUUUAAGAGCAUCAAAGAGGCGGCCGACUAUCUGAAGCAGGUGGACAAAAACAAGACUCUUUACAGGCAAUACCACGAUUGGCGUCGCCAUGGAGAAGUUGUUACUUCCUUCCCGCACCACCCUGGAACUCUUUGUAGGACACUGCCACAUAUCUACCCGAGACCAUCGAAUGAAUUAAAAUUAAUCGGGGAUUCGGCUUGGUACAAGGACUGCCGAACAGUUCCAAGCGAAAUGGAUGUUAACUCCCAAUUUGAGAACAUCGGCAACUGGACUCCUUGGUAACAAUGCUGUUGUAGACCGACAUCCGAUAAUAGGGACUUUUAGAUUCUGCACGACGAGAACGCGGACUGCCCUUU